AUGAAUAAUGUGAGAGUAAUCUUGAUGGAUUUUUCAAAUGCUUGUUUGAAUGAUCAUGGCGAACGUGUGGACAAAAUUCGAAAAUUGGAAUUAUUGAAAAGAAAUUUUCAUUGCAACAAGAAGGAAAGACGAAGCAUUUGUUUUAAAUCAAAUCAAAAGAAGGCUUUUCGAUUGGAGUAUGCUUCAAAACAAUUACAAGAAGAUCGAGAGUUUGUGUUGCAAGUGGUUCAAUUGAAUGGUAUUGAGUUACUCUAUGCUAGCAACAAUAUUCUCAGUGAUAAAGAAGUGGUAUUGGCAGCUAUUAAAAACAAUGAAGAUGCAUUGAUGUAUGCUUCAGAAGAAGUUAGAAAUGACAAGAAAUUUGUGUUAGAAGCCAUUAAAUUGAAUGACAAAUGUUUACUAUAUUCUUUCCAUGAACUGAAGAAAGAUCUGGAGUUCAUAUUUGAAGCAAUUAAGCAAAACAGGAAGGCACUACAAUGGGUUUCAUGGGAUUUACACCGAGAUAAAGAAUUCAUGUUGAAAGCCAUCAAAUUACUCUUUCCAGAAUUCGAUAAUUUAAUCUCCAUUGAUCAUGCAAACAAAGAGAUUAUGAUGAAAGUUGUUCAGGAAAUUGGAUUUUUGUUGAGAUUUGCAAGUAAUGAACUCAAGAAUGAUCGAGACAUUGUUUUGAAUGCUGUGAAAAGCGAUGGUGUUUCUCUUCAAUAUGCUUCUCAUAAUUUGCAGAAUGAUAGAGAAGUAGCACAGCAAGCAGUCAAACAAAAUGGUUCAGCCUUAGAAUAUGUUUCAACACAGUUAAAGGGAACAAAGGAUAUUGUAUUGACUGCUGUGAAUCAAAAUGGAUAUGCACUUUAUCAUGCAUCUGAUGAGUUGAAAAAUGAUUGA